UCUGCAAUACUUCAACUUCUUUCCCACUCAAUUCUAGCCCCUUCGUCGAGUAUUUUGUACGGAGACUGGACUGUAUUGAGAACAAAUUUUUUUAUUGUAAUUCGUCUAAUUUUUCAAGAGGGAAAGAGUCUUCCCAUACGGAAAAAUAUAUAUUCUAAAAAUUACAUAUUUUAUAUAUGGAAUUGGCCUAAUUUAUACAUAACAGUCAUAUAAAAUAUAAAUUUACAUAAGUUUCAUGGAUAUUUUAUACAAAUCUCAUAUAUAUUCGAAGAAUAUAUUAAAUUGGCCUAUAUUAUAUAUUCUUUAUACAUUUUUCCACGGGGACUACACUGAGAAAAAAGCAAAUUGUCCUUGUCCUGAAGACGAGGACAAUUUGUUAAUGAUAAGUUGGUGACUUCUCAAACCAAGUCUAGUUAAAUUAAUUUAUUCAACAAUUGUUUAUCCGCUGAAAUUAUUCUGUCUUUUAAAUUAUCCAGGGAGUGGGACCACGACGUUAUAGCGCGAUACGAACGGACGAAGGUGAAAUCCAGUGUGCUAGCAAUAGAACGAUACAACUUGACAAGCCAUGUUUUUGUAAAUGUCAGGACAAUACUGUUCAUUCUAAAACGAUUCAUCUGAUCAACUUACAACCAGUAGAGUCUGAUGUGGAGAAUAAUAUGGUUAUAACGGGCAUUAAAUUCGUAGUGAAACACGGGAUGCUGCAGUUUCAAAUUCAGCAAGGACGUGUAGAUACGUAUUGGGAAGUUGAUAAUGUUAUGUGGAAACCCGUCAAUGAUAUCACGGAAGAGAUACAUGCAGCUAGAUUAGGAACAAUGCUCCGCGGGAAAACUCCUAAAGUCAAAGAGAAUGAGGAUUUUCUGGUUAUUACGAUAGAGGAGAAUAACGGAAUUAAUUUCGACGACCUACAGGCUCCUUAUGGAUAUGUGCUGACUGGAGUUAGAUUUAAGCUAUCCGAUAACACGAAAGAAGUAUCGCCCAAGAGAGUGGAAAUUUCCUUGAUCGCAACAGAAUACAAUCCAGACACUGGAAAAUUGUGUACUACCUGUGACAAGCAGAUCAUUACAUCUAGCGUUACGCAUGACAAAAAAUACCUGAUGAGGCAGUGUCCGAUUCAAGCUCAGUUUCCAACAGUCCCUGUUUCCGGGGAAGGUCAGUAUGUUGUUAUUGACACAUCAUCUGUUGUUGGAGACAAAGCUCAACACACACUGCCCUUCUUCGAUGCACUACCCCUUGAAACUCAGCCAUCGUCUGCAGUGGCGGGAUUGCGGUUGUUUCAUAAGACGGCAGGGAAUUUCCCUGGAUUGGUUUCAUUGAAAUUCUUCAUCCCUGAUUAUACCCAGCAUAUGGAAAAUAUUAUGUAUCACUGAUAGAACGGAUUAGUUAUUGUUAACGAAUAGAUUUUGGUUCGAGGGUAGGGCCUAUUCGCUCUCACCAAAUGUUCAUUCGUUAAUAGUUAACGAAUCUCGUUUGGAAUAAAUG